CUGUUCUGUCACUGGGGCGUUGCUCGGCGUUAGCUCCUGCUGUUUAAACAGCGUGUGCUUCCUGCAGUCAGAGACUAGCGAUGGCUCUGCGUGUGUUACUUGUCCUUUACUGCCUCUCUCCGGUCCUGGCCAGUUUUGAAUGGAACAAUAAGACCUGCUUUGACAAAACCAUAAACCCGUGCCAAAACCUGCGGUCAGCCGUCAAGUGCAACGUGGUGCACCACUGUGCGAAGACCAGCUGGAGCCAGGCGAAAGUGAAAGACGAUAUCUGCGAGUUAUGCAAGAAGUUCGUCAGGGUUGUGGCUGAGAUGGUGAAGGACAAAACUGUGCAGGACGCGGUGGAAAACGCUUUACACGAAGGCUGCAAUUUGAUCCCAGUCAAACAAUUUGCAGACGAAUGUAACGACGUUGUCAAUACCUACCUACCCAUCAUUAUUCAGCUUCUUGAGGAAGAGUUGGAACCGGAUUCGCUGUGUGCUGCCCUCGGCCUAUGCAAAUCUCUGAAGGAAGGAUCGCUCUCCAACAGAACUGCCAAAAUAAAGACGGGGGUGGAUAGUUUCUCACCAAAGUCUAACGAAGUCUGGAAACGAAUCAGGGUACCCCUUCCCAAAGACAAGUACACAUGUGACUCCUGUGUCAUUGUUCUGAAGAAGCUGCAACGAUUAUUGCCUGAGGAGAGAACGGAGGUUGCCAUCGCCACGCUGCCCCGCCAGGUCUGCUCCCGGCUGACGGGCAAAUACCUGGCAAAGUGUCGGGAUUUUAUGGAACGGUUCGGGGAUACCGCUAUUGAUCUGCUGUUUCGAGAAGUGCAGCCCGGUGCUGUGUGUGAGACUCUCCACGUCUGUUCCACUGUGGACUCGAAGGAACCGUCCCUGCCUAUCGUGCCCUGUGAUAUGUGUGAGGCAGUCGCCCGUCAGUUCAAGGUAGCUCAGAACAAAGGCACGAGGACAGACCUGGUGCUGCAGGAAGUCUGCAACCCGUUUUCGGAUAUCUCGAAUUUUGUGUGCGAAGAAUUUGUCUACUCCCACAUCCCUCUGCUGACCACUAUUCCGGAGUAUCCCGAGGAUUUCGACCUGUGCGGGGCUCUGCACAUCUGCACGAGGAAAGUGGACGCGCAUUUCGACAGAAACCGCCAACCAGUAUAAAACUGUCGGACGGUGAGAGAGGCAAGACAUGAACUGAAGGCCAGCCCGUCAAUUUAUAUUGAGAAAAAAAAAACAAAAUUCUCUUGCACUGCUUAGAAAUUUAAUUCCGGCUCAGCAACACACUCUCUCUGAAUGCUGGAGCGACUCAGCAGGUCUGUGAGCAUUUGUGGAGAGAGAGGGGGAAAACGGUCCAUGUUUCAAGUGGAAAUAUUUCAAACUCUUACGGUUUGCUGUAGGUGUUUGAGAACGAGAGUGGGGAGAGGAUGAGAGAGGUUUAGCAUUCAGCUGAAACCCCGUUUGCCUCCAUGACAAUCCGCGCAGCUUAGAAACACUUCAUUGCCUCAGACUGAUUCCAAAUUCGAGCUGCAGGUCUGACGAGACACUGUCAGCUUAGGUCUUCCCAUCGCUACUGUCAAUGAUUUCCGCCAACUUAGCUACUAGAUGUUGCCAAGACAACAGCACUGUUAGGACCUACACAAGUCAACGCAGUGGUGGGGGGGGGCGGCAAAAAUAAUACAGCUUUUACAACAGAAGAAAAAGGCCAUUGUGACAAGAUUCGAUCUGAUCGAUGUCAAUCUGAAUUCAACACCUCUCAUCACUCCUUCCUUUGUCCACUGGAGCUGAUUACAAGUUGACCUUAAAAAUGCGCUUUAAAAGCUUGAUUUGCUUGCUUAAUAAAGGCUUUUUUUUUUACUAACAUA